GAUGGCGGCUGCGACGGCGCCUGGUUCGCUGCGGGUGGGCUUCGUGGGCGCGGGGCACAUGGCGGAGGCCAUCGCGCAGGGCAUCAUCCGAGCAGGAAAAGUGGAAGCUCAGCACGUGCUGGCCAGUGCACCGACUGACAGGAACCUCUGCCGCUUCCUGGCUCUGGGCUGCCAGACCACCCAUUCUAACCAGGAGGUGCUACAGAGCUGCUCGCUCAUCUUCUUUGCCACCAAGCCCCACAUCCUGCCAGCUGUCCUGGCAGAGGUGGCCCCUGUGGUCACCACUGAGCACAUCUUGGUGUCCAUGGCUGCCGGGGUCUCUCUGAGCACCCUGGAGGAGCUGCUGCCCCCGACUGCACGGGUACUGCGGGUCUCGCCCAACCUGCCCUGUGUGGUCCAGGAGGGGGCCAUGGUGAUGGCACGGGGCCGCCAUGCUGGGAGCAGCGAGGUCAAGCUCCUGCAGACCCUGCUGGAGGCCUGCGGGCAGUGCGAGGAGGUGCCUGAGGCCCACGUGGACAUCCACACCGGCCUCAGUGGCAGCGGCGUGGCCUUUGUAUGCACCUUCUCCGAGGCCCUGGCUGAAGGUGCCAUCAAGAUGGGCAUGCCCAGUGGCCUGGCCCACCGCAUUGCUGCCCAGACUCUGCUGGGGACGGCCAAGAUGCUGCUGCAGGAGGGGCAGCACCCAGCACAGCUGCGGACGAACGUGUGCACGCCGGGCGGCACCACCAUCUACGGGCUCCACGCCCUGGAGCAGGGGGGGCUGCGGGCAGCCACCAUGAGUGCCGUGGAGGCCGCCACCUGCCGGGCCAAGGAGCUCAGCAGGAAGUAAGGCAUAGGUGCUGGAUGCGGACCACAGCCCCCGAGUGCCGAGAACAGCCCUGCCACCCCCAGUCCCUCCCUCCCUAGCCCCUUCCCGAGGACUGUGGUUCUCUCCAACCUGCAGGAGCCUCCCGGGCUGCUCCCCUUUCCCCCACAUGGGGAAAUGGGAGGAGACCCCCUCACCAGGGGGGACUCCCCCCCACUGCUGUGGGACAGAAGGCACCGUGGUGAUGGCCCACUGUAAGGGGUGACCUGGUUUCUGAGGUCCUGAGCCUGGCACUGCUGGUCAGGUGCACAGUGUGGUCGGCCAGUUGGUUGAGGGAGGAGCUGAGCCACUGGCAACAAAAGCAGCCGGGGCAGCCCUUCCUACAGCUGUGUGACUGCAGCCAGACCCACUCCCUCAUCUCAGCUCGGUGGCGCGGGGACAUACAGAGUGAAGCC